AUGUUGGCCCUGGGAAACCCUAUUGACGUCCUGAUUGUCGGAGCACUGGGUAUCAACUUUCGCAUUAUCGACAAACGCUCUGAUGAACCCCGAGUAGGACAAGCGGACGGGCUCAAUCCCAAGACUAUGGAGAUCUUCGAGGCCUGGCAAAUUCACGAUCGAGUCACCAAGCUCUGGGAGCCCGCGACACACCUGACCAUGUGGUGCCGGAGACAGGAUGGGAAGCUGAUCAGAACAACCAGGCAACCCAGCCAACCCACUCCUGGGGGAACUGUGGAGGAGAUCAUCAAAAAGCGUCUUGUUGAGAUCUCAAGUGCCAGCAUCGAAUACCACACAUCUUUGUGCGAGUUGAGUAUCGAUUCCAAGCAACUUGUCUCCCCAGCGGCUUACCCCUGCACGGCUCAACUUCAACGGCUCCAAGGGGAGAACACCCCCAACGAGAUGGUCUCAGCCAAGUACGUGAUUGGUGCCGACGGGGCAAAGUCUUUGACGAGAGAAUCACUUGAUAUUAGCAUGCAAGGAGUUAAGGGGACCUCGAUAUGGGGUGUGAUGGACUUCGCGGGAAGUUCGGACUUUCCAGACUUUGGAGCAACAUCGAUUAUACGAAGUGAUACUGACGGUGCUAUUGACUUCGUCCCCCGGGAGAAAGGGCUUGUACGCAUGUACGUGCAGUUGAACAAGGGACAGGCGUGGGAAGGCCUGCGCCGCGCAGAUAUCACGCCAGAGCUCAUUAUUGAAAAGUGCCGAUUUAUCAUUCGGCCGUACAAGGUGAGAGACCGGUCCAGUAUGUGGUCCGCCUUUACAGCAUCACAAAAGCUGAGCAGUUCAUUAAGUAAACACCAGCGAGUCUUUCUUGUCGGGGACGCAAUUCACACCCACUCGCCGGUCACCGGGAUGGGAAUGAACACGAGCAUCCAGGACUCAUACAAUCUUGCUUGGAAACUCGCCGGUGUCAUCAAAGGCCAUCUCGAAUCCGCUAUCCUGACAACCUAUGACACAGAACGUGGAGCUGUGGCCAGGCAACUACUCGAGGCAGACCGAACAACACUUGAGCUCUUUAAUACCAGAUCCGGCUUUGAAUCUUCAAUCCUGCUAGGACGGCUCAAUGAUGUGCGGAUCUUCCUGGGCGGUCGAGGGAUCAGAUAUACGGACAAGCUGUUAACAUCAACUGCAGCGCAAGGAAUUGGACUAUUCGCUGCCGGCGAAUGUUUACCCGAGUUGUCCAUAACUCAUCACACUACGGGCAGGUCCCUUUACCUGAACAGUGCGCUUAAGGCAGACGGAAGCUGGAACGUGAUCGUCUUUGCAGGGGAUGUUUCCCUGCCGGACCAAAUGAGGCGCAUUCAUAAACUGGCCAAGGUAUUGGAGAAAACACAAAGCGUGAUGUUCGGACAACAGCAUGCAAUAAUUGUUCACUGUGCGCAUUGGGAGGAGGUGGAACUAGCGCAAUUGCCUGAGUUUUUCUCUCCUUGCCCUCAACGCUCUGCGAGGGAUUAUACGGCAAUCUACCUCGAUGAGGGGUCUGCGUAUGAUCAGACUAGGCUGAACCGGAACGACGGCGGCCUCGUUUUGGUGCGCCCAGAUCGGCACAUCGCUUGGGCGGGAGGGCUUGAAUUUGCUGGCGAUCUUGAAGUAUUUGUUUCCUCCGUCUUCCAGACCGCGGACAAGGCAUAA